ACCAAGAGGGGGGAAAAAGAGAAAAAAAAUGAGAGAAUGUGAGAAGGCGAUGAACAACAACAACAAGGGCAAGGAAAUUGCAGUGCGAACAAGAGUUGAGAUCAAUCAAAGUGACGCAGGUAUACGAGGACAAGAUUACGAGAUCUAACCCAGCCGGAAAAUUCAGUCCUCGUAACGUUUCAUCUAAAUAUGAUUUCGUCAAGGUGAAGGUCUGGUUGGGUGAAAAUGCCGAUCAUUAUUAUGUUUUAUCCAGGUUUCUGCUUAGCAGAAUGUUAACGGUCACGAAGAUUCCGAAUCAUGUCGCUGUUAAAAUCGCUCUUGAGCUCAAGAAGCUGCUUAUAGACAACAACCUUUUAGAUAUCUCGCAAUACGAUUUAGAGGCUAAUCUUUUUAAGCUAAUGCAGCUGGCGAGGUUAUGGGUUAGCCUAUGUAAACCGGUACAAGAUGAUGACCAGAUUUCACCAUCAGAGAGUUCCUUUGGUAAUUCUUGUUUGUGGAACUGCCUGUGUUGGGAAGUCUACAAUAGCUACACUACUUGCGCAAAGGCUAAACUUGCUGAAGCAGAUUGUCCUACUCUUAACAGAUUGUAUGGUGCUUAA